AAACAACAAUAAAAUUGGGUAGCUCCCUCACUCUUUACGCAAACUCUGUUGGUUGAAGAGAGAGAGAAAAAAGAAAGGCCAAAAACACAUUAAAACAAACCCAACAAAUCAUCACAUAAUUCUUAUUGAUUAUAUAAUCACAGAUCUGUUCGUUUUUUUGGUUUCCCCUAUCAAUUUCACUUCGAACAAAAUCAUUCUCCAACAAACAUCAUCCGGGCACUUUUUUUUUUGGUCCAAACAAAGGUGAUGUUCUUAUUAUAAUUGUACAAAAUUUGAUUUUGAAGAUGGGCUCCAAGAAAAAAUCAAGCAAUUCGUCUAAUUCUUCCGCUGCUUCAUCGUCUCAAGACCCUAAUUCUUCGAUCUCAGGACUACACGAGAAACAUCAACAUGAGCUCGAGACUUUGACUUUGACUACACAACCGGGUAGAACUUUGAAGUAUUUUGUUUUUGCUAUUUCUGAUUAUGUGAAGCAAUCAGUUGCAUAUCUCUUGGCAAAAGGUGGUUGGCUUUUAGUCUUGAGUACCUUGGUAAUGUCAAGUGUAAUUCUCUUGGCAACUAUUGAAGGUUCCCAUGAAAAGCAUGUUCAAGAGAUUCUUCGGCACCUUGAGUUUGUAUUAUGGUGGACUGCUCUUGGUGUUGCAUCUUCUAUUGGACUAGGAUCCGGCUUGCACACUUUUGUUCUCUAUCUGGGGCCACAUAUUGCCCUAUUUACAAUAAAAGCAAUGCAAUGUGGUCGAGUUGAUUUGAAAAGUGCUCCAUAUGAUACAAUACAGUUGAAGCAUGGUCCAUCAUGGCUUGACAAGGACUGCUCUGAAUUCGGACCUCCAUUAUUUCAGUCUGUUGAUGGUACAAGAGUUCCUCUUAGCAGCAUUUUGCCGCAAGUACAGUUAGAAGCUAUUUUAUGGGGUGUUGGAACUGCUUUGGGUGAACUUCCACCAUAUUUCAUUUCUAGGGCAGCAAGCUUAUCUGGAAGCAAAUUGAACCCAAUGGAGGAAUUGGUUGUGUCUUCCCCUGAAGACCAUGGAUUCAUCGGCAAACACUUAAUGCAAUUGAAAUAUUGGUUCUUGUCACAUUCUCAGUACCUAAAUGGCUGGACAAUCUUACUACUUGCUUCGGUGCCGAAUCCUCUGUUUGAUCUGGCGGGUAUAAUGUGUGGACAAUUUGGGAUACCAUUUUGGCAAUUUUUCCUUGCUACAUUAGUUGGAAAGGCAAUUAUAAAGACGCAUAUUCAGACAAUUUUUAUCAUCUCAGUAUGCAACAAUCAGCUCCUAAAUUGGGUGGAGAAUGAAUUAAUAUGGGUGCUUAGUCAUAUACCUGGAGUUGCCGCUGUGCUGCCUACAUUAGUUGCCAAACUUCAUGCUGCGAAAGACAAGUAUCUUGUUACUGCUCCACCAGUGGCUACUAAUGUCCAGGUAAAGAAGUGGGGCCUUUCUUUUAAUUCAAUUUGGAAUACUGUUGUAUGGCUUGUCCUCCUGAACUUUUUCUUCAAGAUUGUGAAUUCCACUGCUCAGAGUUUUUUAAAGAAAGAGCAAGAAAAGGAACUAUCCUCGAUUACAAAGAAGUCUUCGAUUCCAAAACAGUGAGAGGAAACCAGUUGAGGAACUUGAAUCAAAGGAUUUUUUUGUGUUCCUCUUCUGCUUCAAUCUCAUGACAAGAUCUAGUUAUGGGUGAUGGUUAAAAAUUUGCGUAACGGACUUCUUACAGUUAGAAUUCUACCUCAUAUUCAUCCUCCUGCAAGAGCCACUGCCUUAGAUGCCUUGUAUAGACAUAGAAAUAGGAUUGAUGGUGGCAAGGAGAAGUAACGGUUAACAUUUCUUAUAGUGUUUGAAUUUUUUAAAUUAACUCGACCUGAUGUUUGUAACUUCACACUGGGUAUUGGGAUAUGUCACGAUUCUUUCGUAAUGCAAGAGACAAAGAAGUUCCUUGCAUGUAUCUUCUUUUGCUAUCUUUACGCUUUGUUCACUAUUAGUAUUUGAUGAAUUUGCUCAAGAUAAAUUUGCAUUCA